AUGGCCAACACACCAAUCUUACCAUGUCUCGACUUCCCUUCCAUCCGCAUCACACCCUCUUCGUCCUAUUCCCACCAACUCGACUCGCCCAAAUUCGAAAUCCCUCCAACCAUCUUACCUCACCUCGAAACCGCUUCUAGACAUUUACACAAUCAUCAAACAGUCGCCCUACCUACCGAGACAGUCUACGGUCUAGCUGCAUCUUCCCUCGAUCCAGCUGCUAUCCAAUCAGUAUACAGAAUCAAAAAGCGUCCUGCCGACAACCCAUUGAUCAUCCAUGUAUCUUCCUUAAACAUGUUACGUCAAGUCAUCCCGAGGGAUUAUCAGAUAUCCGAGUUAUACAUGGCUCUAAUCACUUCAUUCUGGCCUGGACCUCUAUCAUUGUUAUUCCCAGCUAUAAAUCCUCCACCAUCACCUGCUCCUCAGACUAACGCUAUUCGAAUGCCAUCUCACCCUUUGGCUUUGGCAUUGAUACAUAAAUCGAAUUUGCCUUUAUCGGCUCCCUCGGCUAAUUCAUCUGGAAGACCCAGUCCGACACAGGCUCAACACGUGUAUAAUGACUUGAAUGGAUCAGAGGGAUUGGGAUGUAUUUUAGAUGGAGGUGAUUGUGGGGUUGGAGUGGAAAGUACGGUGAUCAAUGGACUAGGAUGGAGGAAAGGUGGUGGAGGGACUGUGGACGUCCUGAGACCUGGUGGAUUGGGGAUCGAGAGGAUCAAAGAGGUUGUUGAAAAGGUUGAUGGAAGGGAAGGUCUAACGAGGAUACUGUUACAUGGUAAACCUUGGAUAGCGGAUAAGUCUCAAGAGCGAGGAGAACAAAGUUCUACGAGGAUACCCAAAGAAGAGGAUGGACCGAAGAUAAAUGGUAACUCAGAAUCAUCAGUGAUCGAAAAAGUCAAAUCUAUCGCUCUACCACCUUCAACGCCAGGAAUGAAAUAUCGACAUUAUUCACCACGUGUUCCUGUAUAUCUUUUAAAACCCAAUACCAUAUUUCCUCGUCCUGAUAAUCUCCCACAACACGCUGAAUCGUCUGCUCAGGCAGUAUUGAGACAGGUAUCUGAACGUACGAUCUCAUCGUCCAGUGAAAAAGGAAAGAAGAGAAUAGGGGUAUUGCAUUUUGACAAUUCUCCUCUGUACUCUCAGUUAUCCAGUUCGGUGGUUGAGGUGGAAGAUACUCAUUUGAUACCUGAAUCGCUAGGGCAAGACGCAUCAAGUGCAGCUCAAAGGCUAUUCGCAGGUAUGUUGACCCUCGAACGCAUACCGCCGAAUCAAGAUGAAGGAGAUGGGAAAAUGGGAGUGGACGCGAUUGUAAUCGAGGGAUGCUCAGAUGAAGGGCUGGGAUUGGCAGUCAUGGAAAGAGUCGCGAAAGCCGUCGGAGGAGGUGGGGUUGUUGGUGAUGUGAAGGAUGAUGAAGUCGGGAAAAGGCAGGGAGGAGCGGCGGAAGGGAAUACGUUUUGGGUGGAUGUCACAGGAGAUAUAUGA